AUGGUGACCGGCAACUCCUCCACCGCCGUCAUUGUUCAGCAGAGCCACCAUGCGCCCAUCCUCAUUACCGCACCCCGGCCGGGUCUAGCAACCACAAACAACUCCCGCCUCGGUGCUGGUUCUUGUGCGCCCUCCAGCUUUCUGCACGCUAUUGCCAUUGCUAUCGCUGCCCCCAUCUCUCUACUUCUCCCUGAGUCCCUGACAUCCACUGGCCGACGACGCAAACCCGCGCGCCUGCGAACCCAACGACGCCCAAAAGGCAGGCCACAGGCCCACGAACUACUCCCAGCCAGCUGCACGGUACCGCCGCAAGUACGUGUCAUGGCGAGUUCAUUCGAGAAGAGUGUCAAGGGCGGGACCAAGAUCAAGCUCGCCGCGCCCAAAUCCAAAUAUGUCGAGCACAUCCUCGUCGCGACACACGCAGGGGAAGCAGGCGUCGCCGAAAUCUUUCGCGCCCUCACCAACCGCCUGCGCGACUCGACAUGGACCAUUGUCUUCAAGAGCUUGAUUAUCGUCCACAUGAUGAUUCGAGAAGGCGAGCCCGAGGUCACGCUCAAAUAUCUGGCGCAGAAUCCGCACCGGAAGUUGGCCAUUAAUCAUUUCACCGAAGUUCAAACCCAAGGCCACAACAUACGGACGUACUCGGAGUACCUCCUCAGACGAGCCAUUGAAUACGGAGCAACCAAGGUCGACUACGUUCGCGGCGGAGAAGGACGUCUAAAGCGACUGAGCGUGGAAAAGGGCCUCCUGCGUGAGGCGGAGAGCGUGCAAGAUCAGAUCCGAGCGUUGUUGAAGUGUCAGCCAUUCGACGACGAGCCGGAAAAUGAGAUAACGUUGACCGCAUUUCGAUUACUUACCAUGGAUCUCUUGGUGCUUUUCCAUGUCAUGAACGAGGGCACCAUCAAUAUCCUCGAACACUAUUUCGAAAUGUCAAAACCUGAUGCGACCCGAGCGCUCGCCAUCUACCGCACUUUCGUCAAACAGACCGAGGCUGUUGUUCAAUACCUUAGCCUGGCACGAUCACACGAGCACUCGACGAGACUGGAGAUUCCCAAGAUCAAGCACGCGCCAACCAGCCUAGCUAACUCACUGGAAGAGUACCUUGCCGACAAGGACUUCGAGAUCAACCGGCGGCAAUACUUGGCUGAGAAGGAGGCAAAGAAGAAUGGGGGCAAGCUAUCAACGAAUGGGGCGAGCAAACCCCAAGAAUCAAGGCUGGCAACAUCUGCUGCUACCAAUAGUCAGCCACCAGCAGCGGCAUCGAAAGCCGUCCAGAGCGCACCUCUGAUUGAUCUAUUCGCAUCAUUAGAGGACAAUCAACAAACUAUGUCUACUCAACCGAUGAUGAUGCAGCAGCAGCAGUUUCCACAGCAGACAGGCUUUCAACAACAGCCUAACUUUCAAACACCCCAACAAACGGGUCUCCCAAUACAAAACGGGCAAGGGACCAAUCCUUUCGGAAUGCCGCAACAAAUGCAACAACCGCAGAUGCAAUCGCAACCCCCGCAAAUACAGCCGCAAUUUACUGGUGCAGGUUUUGGUGGUUACACGCCUCAGCCUUUCAGCCCACAGAAUACAACGCCGCAAAACGGCAUGCCAGACUUCUCCAUGCAACAACAGCAACAACAGCAGCAGCCGCAAAUGCAAGUUCCCACAAUCGCUGAGCCAUUGCAACCGCAGCCCACGUCCACCAACCCAUUCAGGCAGUCAAUGCUACCUAGUGCAACCGGUAUGGGGGAUCCAAAACUACUCAACAAUCCAACGGGCGCCUCUUCUCUGAAUCGCUUGUCAACAAACCCGUUCGCAAAACAAACAACCGGUUUUCAGCAGCCACUCCAAUCACCCGGUUCAACUUCACCUUUUGCCUCCAUGCAACAACAACAGCAACAGCAGCCCUUGCAGCCAUCACCCACCGGAACUAACCCCUUUGCAAGACAACCGUCACCACAGAGUGCAACCUCUCCACAAGGUAGUUUGACUGUACAUGCGACAGGAAGCACGAACCCUUUCCGACAAAGUACUUUUGUGAACCAGCAGACGGGUCAAGGGUGGCAGAACACAGGGACGCAGGGUACAUUGGGUGGACUUAGUCUGGACCAGGUACCUACCACUAGCGUCUUCCCAAGACCUGGUCAGCAACAACAACAACAACAGCAGCAAAACUUCCUAGGGUAA